AUGGCCCCGCGUAUGGUCCACCUACCCCAUGGGCAAAUCAUCACUGUCUCGUCCGUCUCUGCUGGCCUCUCCUUCAAAGCCAAUGACCUGAACAUCCAUCACUCCAUCUUUCCCCCAGGCUGGACCAUCAUCCUCGAGACCGUCGACGGUAACGAUGAUAAUAAUGGCAUCCGAUCGCCUCCAGACGCAGGUGAGCAGCUCUAUGGAUUAGUAAAACAUCCAUCAAAGCGCUAUGAGACUCCUACGCUACAUGACCAUAGUCUUAUAUAUCCUUUAUCUCAAAUCCAAGCAAUCCGGAUUUGA